ACAUACAAACCCUUUUUGAGUCAUUGACGAAAGAAGGCUGAGAGAAUCCCAAUAAAGUUUCUUUUCUCCCAAUAUUUCUUUCUCUCAUUUAUUGUUACUUAAUCACGUUAUGGAUAAUUCCCCAUCAGUCAAGAACCCAAUGCAAUUGAUAUUUUUCUCCUUUGGGUAGUCAUCACUAUAUGUAUAUAUAACUGGUUCUUUACCCUGCAAAAAGGUUCCUUUCUUGCUUCUCUCUUUUAAGAUAAACAACCACCCAAAGUAACAAGUCCGCCAAAGUCUAAGCCCAUUUAAGAGAAAGUUUUCAAGAGAGAGAUUCAUGUCAUGCGUCUGUUGUGAUGUAACCAGAACAUGAAUUUUUCUAGCUUUUAACCUACUCCCUCUUCUUUUUUCUUUGAUGAAUGUGUACCAUUUUUAGCACUCAUAUGUUCAGAAAAGGCUCUCUGAGAAGGGGUUGCGUUUGGUUCUCCUCUUUCUUGGGUUUUCUUGGCGUUUUGCGGUGGUUGUAACGUAAUACUAGUCUAGUAUUAUGGCAGUUCAGGCAGAAAAUAUGUGUUUCGAGAGCAUGGGUUUUGGUCCAUUUGCCAUUUGCAGCAUGCAGGAUUAUUCCCAUAUGGGCACUGUGUUGGGGGUUGAAGAUGGUUUUUGUCUGCAAGAACUUGAGCAUCUUGAUCAGCAGAGGAGGGAUGUUCAUCCAUUUGUGGAUUGUUAUGGUAAUCUGGCCUCUUCUUCGUUUUCUUGCUUCGGCUCUCUGCCUGUGGAGAUUCUGCAGUCUUUGUCUUCUGACCUUGAGAAACAAAGGGUGGAACUUGAUUGGUUUCUUCAGUUGGAGCAGAAUAAGAGACUGAGGAGAUCAAUCCUGCAAGAAGGAACGCGGCAGCAAGCAGCUCUAAUGCAGAGAUACGAAUCCAGCAUCAAAACUCUGAUGCUGCAAAAAGACCAAGAACUAGCCAUUGCAAGAAACAAAACAAGGGAGCUCCAUGAUUUCUUGAAAAUGGCAGAAACCGAAGCCAGAACAUGGGAGAAGGCGGCCACAGAGAAAGAAGCCAUUGUCUCUGAUCUCAACAACAGGCUGAAUCAAGCCAAAGAGAAAGACUAUUUGUUCCCACAUGCAGCAGCUCAUCAAGAAUAUGAUAACAUGUCGUUUUGCGAUUCUUCCUCCGGCAGCGGCAGCAGCAGCAGCACAGGAGACAAAAAAAGUGAAGAGCCGAGCAAGAAAAUGGCUUGUAAAUCGUGCCAAGCCCGAACCAUGUGUGUUGUUUUCUUCCCUUGCAGGCACCUCUGCUGUUGCAACUCCUGUGAAGCACUUUUGGGUCACUGUCCUGUCUGUGAAACAGCAAAAGAAGCAAGUAUAGAGGUUUUCUUGGUCUAAGAAACCAACCAGCAAAGUUCUGACCAUCAGAGAAACUUGAAAUGGAAGGAAACUUGUUCUUGAUUGAUGCUUAUGUUUUCUUUUUCUUUUUGGCUAAUGAUGUAGUUUCCUUUGAUGGGUCUUUGUUCAUCAUCAAAGUGUCUUUUGUGGGUAGUAACUAGCAAUAGCAAUAGC